GUCAAGAGAUCCGGCGCUCGCGGGAAGACGCGUCCCCGCGCUCGGGCGGGCUGAGAGAGCGCGCGCGCGGGAUUUUCAAGAGUCGGGCCCCGGGACCUCGAUCCGCCAUGAGCCUCUGGGUGGACAAAUACCGGCCCUGCGCCCUGGGCAGGCUGGACUACCACAAGGAGCAGGCGUCCCAGCUGCGGAACUUGGUGCAGUGUGGUGACUUUCCUCACUUGUUAGUGUAUGGACCAUCGGGUGCUGGAAAGAAGACAAGAAUUAUGUGUAUUUUACGUGAACUUUAUGGUGUUGGAGUGGAAAAAUUGAGAAUUGAACAUCAGACUAUCACGACUCCAUCUAAAAAAAAAAUUGAAAUCAGCACCAUUGCAAGUAAUUAUCACCUUGAAGUUAAUCCCAGUGAUGCUGGAAAUAGUGACCGGGUAGUAAUUCAGGAGAUGUUGAAAACGGUGGCACAGUCACAGCAACUUGAAACAACCUCUCAAAGAGAUUUUAAAGUGGUAUUAUUGACAGAAGUUGACAAACUCACCAAAGAUGCUCAGCACGCCUUGCGAAGAACCAUGGAAAAGUACAUGUCCACCUGCAGACUGAUCCUGUGCUGCAAUUCUACAUCUAAAGUAAUCCCUCCUAUUCGUAGCAGGUGCUUGGCAGUCCGUGUGCCCGCACCCAGCAUUGAAGAUAUUUGCCAUGUGUUGUCUACCGUGUGCAAGAAGGAAGGUCUGAAUCUUCCCUCGGAACUGGCCCAUAGAAUAGCAGAGAAGUCCUGCCGAAAUCUUAGGAAAGCUCUACUCAUGUGUGAAGCCUGCAGAGUGCAGCAGUAUCCUUUUACUGCAGAUCAAGAAAUCCCUGAGACAGAUUGGGAGGUGUAUCUGAGGGAGACUGCGAAUGCUAUUGUCAGCCAACAAACGCCACAAAGGUAACCAGUA